AUGGAAUAUGUUUGGAAUGGUUCGUAUGGCCUGCCUCUGCAAGCUACCUUUGCUGACAACGUAUUAGAAAAUGAUUUUGAUCUGGAUCUCCACCAGAUCUGGGAAGAGUCUGAUCUACCAGCACCGCCUCCGUGUCUUGCGACAGAGUUUGACGAGACCAAGCCCGAAAGCUCGCAUGCGGAAAAGACCAUGGCACAUCGUGCGCAAGAUCCCAUUGUGGAAUGCUUAUUCUACUCCAACACCAAAAGCAAUCAUGCUUUCCGUGGAUGGGGCCGAGCCCACUGCUUCUCUCGACAAAGUCCGAGGAUAUCUUCGUCUACAUUUCAGCCUUCUUGUCAGAGAAAAUAG